AUGUUCCCCCAACCAGACGCAGAAACACUAGCACGAAACCCACAAUUCGCAUUACUCUGGAAAGACCUCACGACGAACAGGAUAACCCGAGAAGGGGUUUCGAAAUCCCUCGCUCUGGACAAGGAAACAGUGAAGGUCAGAGAAAUACUCAAGAGUAAGCGGUUUGAACAGGCAAAGAGGGAAGUGCUCAAAGAUGCGGUGAGGGCUGUUGCGUUUGGAGAGGGAGAGGGUGGCUUGGUUGGCGAGUUGAGGGAAACGGCACAGAUUGUUUCUGCACAGUUGGAUGGUAAAGUGGACGCCCAGGAUGAGGAUAUCGUUCAAGUCGAAGUCGAGGAAUUCAUGUCAAACAUCGAGACGGUGAGAGUGGCUGUCGAAACACACAUGGAGCAGAAUGUCAUGUUGCUGUGUCAAAUUCUGGAUCCAACACAACAGCAGCCAGACCCUUCGACGCUUCCAGCUCAGGUCCAGGCUCUACGGACAGAGGUCGAGGAGGCAAAAUGGCAGCUAGACGUCAAGCGCAUUGAGCUAGCGAGUACACUGACCCAACUCCUCAAGACGAAUGCGCAACUGCUGCAAACAGCGAUCCGGAUCCUGGAACAGGUCAUGCACGGCAGUGUAGGACGACACACUCGGGAAGACGGUGGCUGGGCAGGUCUAUGA